AACGACGAAUGGUAUUAAUAUUUUUGUGUGUAUCGAACAGCCGUGUUGGUAGGUAGUCGUAGUCAGCAGUGUCGUACAUCCCGAGAAUCGUCAAUCGGAGACACGGCUUCAGUUGUGUGUGUGUGUGUGUGUGUGUGUAUAUGUGUGCGUGCGUGUGUGUAGAUGUGAAAUAUAUUUGAAAAAAAAAAAAGCGUCUGGUCGCCACUAUAUUAUAUUGGUAGGCGGGUACCUACACUGCCUACGUCGCGAUGGACCGGAUCGAAUUGGCGGAGAACGUGACGCCGGAUCAUCUGCAAGAACGGGUCGACUUUUUGGACGAAAUUAAAAACAUGGAACGGAAGAAACUCCGGAAAAGUCUCGUGUGCGGGGUGAACGAAAAUCCGCCCGCGUUUAUGACGGUCCUGUUGACUAUACAGGUAGGUACUGUUUACACACAGACAUCAAAUAAAUAAAUCAAAAGCCGGCGGACAAUCUGCAAACGGGUUUGAAAAGUUCGUGUGAGUGGUGGUAUUAGCCGGUACACGCGUACGACCAAUCUGUAUAGCAGGACGCACAGGGUCGGCGCUAUGUAUUUUGCUGCCCUAUGCAACUAAGAAAAAUGCCGCCCCUUACAAUAAAUUGUUGUAAAUAUAAUUAGUGCAUGGUUAUUUAUGCAAAUUUAACACAAUUAAUUAAAAACUGGGUUAUAAUGUAGGAGAUCAACAUCUAAACGGUGAAAUUUUGUCUUCCAAAAAAUGAAUUAUAAAGUAGGUUGAAUCAAGGUGCAAUACCUUUAUUUAAUAAUAAUAAUAAUAAUAAAAGACGUCCAAAAUAAUGAGGUUAGUUGCGGGGGUGGCCACUGUUAAAAGUAAUUUAAUGUACACUUGUAAACAACGAUAAACUAUUGUUAACGAAAAUACUAUUUUGAGCGGAGUUCAAUUGAUAGUGCUGUUUUGUCAACAAUAAAUGUGUCGUAUUAUGGUGAAAUUCUAAUUAUUUCAAUUCCAAAAUUAAAAUGGAUCCUGAUUUUUCCGGUUUUUCACGUUUGCUGAGAAAAUCUAAAAAUGGCUCUCUCAAAGUACCUUCUCAGUUAGAUUUCCUUUCAAAAAAUGUGCUAUCAUUGUAAAUCGGAGUAAAAUCGCUGGUCGAAAAGUUGUCUACAGAAAACAAUUCUUUGUAAAACCGUAAGCUUCUUCACUCCGCUCAGAAUUUAAAAUAGAAAUAAUCAAUUUAUUUAUUUACAUUGUUACAUUUGCUUGUUAUACUUAAACUUCAAAUUAAUAACUUUUUUAAAUUCAAAUUUUCCGGUCAAAUAAAAAUAACAGUAUCGAAUUAUUUUUUUCUCAAAAGUUUGUUAAGUUUAAGUCUCGUAAGACUACUUCCAUUUUCGUUGUAAGUGCUGUUGAUAAUAAUCUUCUCAAAAGAUUCUUCUGAUUUUAGUUCUUUUUAAUAUUUCAAUAAAGUUUCUGAAAUGCCUAAUGUUAAAGAUAUGUCAAAAUUUGGCUUUUGCAUUAAUUUACUGAUUGGAUUUAUAUGAUUAAGUGACUACCAAAUGACAAAAGAACAAAUAAAUUUAAACGUUUUUAUGCAAUUACAUAAAUAUUUAGCUUCGUGUCUAACCAUUGAAUCUAAAUCUGUGUUUUCUGAUAUUUCAAAUAAAGCAUAUUAAAUUUCUCCGAUAUAAUCUCGAAACGGUUUAAGCGCCUUUAUUCGACUUUAUCGUGAUUUGAUUCGGCUCAUGUUUACUUACUAGAAACCGUAAAGACAAUCGAGCGGAUUUGCUACAAUGCCAGCGACUAGUCCAUAUUAUGAUAUUGUUUAUUAUUAGGUACUUAUAUAGUACUACAUAAUAUAAUAUAACGCAGUACUAAUUAAAAGAUUAUAAUAUGCAUCAUUUUUAUUUGAAAACGAUGCCGCCCCUGAAAUUCCAAAAAAAAUUUGUCACCCUGUGCGGUUACACGGGUCGUACGUGCCUCCCGCCGGCCCUGAGUAUACACGGAUUUGUAAUAUAUCCCAUACGAAACGUACUUAAGUGUAGUCAUCAGUGACAUAGCCAGUGGGUAGGCCAGGGCCUAUCUAUUUACUUUUCUCCAAAAAUUAACACAAUUUUAAAAUUUGCAUUAGUAGUUUUUCCUAUUCAAAUAUUUAGAUUUAUUAUUUUAUCUGGCCUAUCCAGAAAAAUAUUUCUAGCUACGCCUUUACUGGUUGAUUUUAAAUGGUAAUUAUGUUAUAUCUUUACCGUAAACACGGUAAGUGGUGGUAGUUAUAUCCCAGUUUUGAGAGGGGAGUGAGUUUAGAAAUUAACCAGAGGUCACGGGGUUUAAUCCUUGUCAUAAUCUUUGUUGACAGUACGGAAAAUAUGUAAAUUUCGGUGGUUUUAAUCCAUAACCCAAUCGUAUACUAAAUAAAGUAAUUAAAACUCCAAGGGAAAGGUGAUCCAUCCAGGAACGUAUUUAGGAGGGAGGGGUAAUAGGAGCAAUUGCUACGAGUGCCACAUUCCAAGAGGACGUCAUAAGACACGAUGAUCUUAUAUUUUGCUCGUCGCCAAAAUUAGUGUUGUAAAUGGACGUUAAAGCAAAGUACCCCGGGUUCAAAAUGUGCAAAUACGUCUCUACGUAAAUAUCGUCUACUCCUCAGAUAUUUACGAUCUACCGCUGUAUAAUAGUAUAGGUACCUAACUGAUAGAAAAUUUGCACCAGAAUAUAUUAUACGGCAAAAGUUAAUAGAAAGUGUAUCGAAAAAGAAAAAAGUUUUGACUAUAUUUGAUACGUUCUUAAUAUUAUUGACGAUAUAUUGUUUUUAUAAAUUGUGUGUUAAAUGGUUUUUCGAAGAGAUUUUACAGGGUAUAGUUAAGACGAUUGAACUCGUGCUGACCUAUAAUGAAGGAGAAUAUUUCGUCCGGGUAUGUAUUUCUCGAAAUGUGCCUACGAUUGUGCCUAUUGGUGAGCGAAUUCCACUUUCGUAUACAUUAUUACUAGGAAAUAGGAUAUGCGUAGCUUAAAAAAAAAUAAAAGAAAUAUGCGAGCACUUAUGUAAAAAAAACUCUAAAAUAUGCACUAAAAAUAGGUUCUAGACAUUUUUUUCUAGUAAUUAAUUAAAAAAUAUUAUUUAUUUAAAAAAAAUCUAAAAUAAGAAAAACAAUUACUUAACUGAAUUAUAUACUAUACCAUAAUUAAAUGAAGAAAAAAAACCUUUUUGUUUAAAUGAAAUUUUUAAUUUUGAUUUUUAUUGAUAAAAUUAAGUAAAUAUUAGUACAUUCAAUUGAUUGAUUGAUUUUUAAAUAUAUUGAGUUCGAUAUUUCUUCUUCUGACACCAAAAAAAAAAAAUAACAUUUUUAAUCUAUUAAUUUAAGAUAUAGUUAAUAAUUUUUCUUUUUGAUAAACGUUACAUUUUUAGAAAUUGUAAAAAGAUUGUCCGAAAAAGCAUAAAAUAAAACUACAAAUAUCUCAAAAAGCAAAACCUAAAUGUAUACAACAUGAAAUUAUAGAUGUUUUGAGGCUUUGUUGUAACAUAAAACGAAUUUAUUUCAAACUGCAGGCUUCAUUUCACGACUGCGUAAAAUAAAUAUGCGGAAUUCUAGAAGUCCUCUAAUUUAAUUCCCUACCAAUGAGUUUUCGCAUCCAGUAAUAACGAGCGUAGUUGUUCGUGACCGUCCCGGGAAACUCGAAAUUUUUCACUAAAAUGUUUGGUUGGCAUUUAAAAUUCCGUAAAAUAACGAGAGACUAGAGAACGACAUUUGGGGUCCCGUGUAGUCGUUUUGUUUCGUAUAACAAUAAUUAAUUGUACUACUCUAACAAAAUAUAACAUAAUUAUAAUUUAUUGUAUUAGUGUACCUAAUGUACAAAAUUAUCUUUCAAUAUUAUUGUUUGAUUUUAGAUUUUUAUUGUAGUGGAGAUAAGUUAUUCAGUUUUAUAUAGCAGGAUGUGUUUUAUUUUCUUGGAAAAAUAUUUUUUCGGUUACCAAUAUUAUCGCGCCAAAUCGUAUUAAUAUCAUUCCCACCUCAAAAGACGCUGGCUUUUCAACCGGCGAUACUCUAAUUAUUGGAAAAAUGUCUAGGUUCCAAACAGUUUUUCUAAAAAAAAAAAAAAAAAAAAAAUAUAAAUAAGAAAAAAAUUUGACUACACAAUAUCGAUCCAUUGGUUUUCUUUUUGGGCUGGAACCUGAUGGUUGCAAUUAAACAAUAGAAACCCAAAAAGCAACACAAUUAACCAUGAAAAUAGAUGCGACAUUGCCACUUUAUAUCAUAAAAUAUUAUUAUUAGAGACUGAAUUUAUAUGUUCUUAAAACCCACAAAAAAACACUUAACAAAUAUACAAAAACGCAAAAAUAAUAGAGGGGUAUAAUAGUCUCGCUCUAAUAGAUUUAAUUUAUAAAUACAGUUUUAUAACACUACAAAAAUAAUUAAUAGAAAGUAAUUUUUUUUAUAAUACAUACGAUUUUAAUUGAAAGAAAUCAUUUUUGUAGUGGUAGGAAAUUUAAAUUAAAAUUAAAAAUUUACUUUUUUAAAUUUUUAAAGUUUUUUUUUAGGGAUUUUUUUAGUGUUUUUAAGCGCUUUUUUAUGGAUUAUAAAAGAAUAUAAAUCCGAAAUCUAAUUAUUAUUGAAAAAUAAAAUAUAUUUGAAUAUCAAUAUUUAGGAAUAAAAAUCUUUUAUUGGUUUUUAAUUACAUAUUAUGAUAGCGUUUGCUGGGUCAGUUAAGUUAAUAUAUAGUAUAAUUAAAAUUUUUUCCCCUAAAUACCAAAUAUAUAUUAAAAAAAUUAAUAAAAAUACCACUCAUAUAUGAAAAAAAGUUAAAAUUUUAAUUUAUUUUUCUAAAUACUUAUUUCCAACUUUUAAUAAAUAUUUAAGUAGAUCAUCAGCAUUUUUAAAUUUAAGAGUACUCCCGAUAAGCCUUUAUAGCAAAGUUCAUUUUUUUGGUUUUCGAUUACACUAAGUUUUUAUGAAUUUUUGAAUUUUCUUGAUAGUUUCAGUCUGAGUUUCUUGUAAUACUAUAAUAACCAAGUGUAUUUUUCUCUUGCCCAGAAUAGAUUGUUGCUGUACAAUCAAUUUUUGUACAUCACCAUUUCCCUAUCUAUCCCGGUUAUUUUCAACUUCCGUGAUAACCCAUCGAUCGAUAGCAAAUUAUUUUUCGACUAAUAUGUUAUAACCAUCACAACACACGUACUAGUGAAAAUCUGACAACGUUGUAGACAAUAUUUAUUUUUUUUAUCGUGCUCAGGCGGGUCGUCAAAAAGGUCGGCCGAUAACGACCGUGUUCAAUUGGUAAUCACCGUCUUUUUGUUAAUUUUUGGGUUGCAUCGGCUUAAAUGUAAAUAAAAAUACAUUAUGAUUCCAGACACUUGGUUGGGGGGAGGGGGUUAAGUAAUAUUUUUCAGAAAAUCGUACAACGAAAAGCAUAUUUGAUAUUUUAUUGUUUAUUUAUACUUCAUAGUAUAGAUGUAAAUACCACUAACUAUACACUUGUACGUGUCUGUAAUAGUCGAAAGUAUAAUUUCUUUUUUGAAAGUUGUUUUUAACAAAAAAAAGGUCUUAGAGCUUUCCUGGUGCCACCCCUGGAAAAGGGCCUAUAUAGGACGGCAAUUAUUAUGUAAAUACGAUCUUGCAAGAUGUAUUAUAUUCUGUAUGUCCGUAAUGUCGAAGAUCUACGCAGUAGAUAUAUUAUAUCCUAUGUUUGUAGCAUUAAUUAUGUAUUUUUUUAUUUGUCGCAGAACUUGGUUAUGACCGUAACCGGUAUAAUUUUGGUGGUUAACGUUCUGGCGCCGAAACUGUGCAUUUUGCCAGAAGACCCGGCUCAAGCGUACCUGUUGUCCACGUCCGUCAUGAUGGCCGGUAUUGGUACCCUGUUUCAGACUCUCGUCGGUGUCCGGUAUGAGCAAUAGUUCCAGAAAAUUGCGUUACCUAUUUCUAUGCCUAAAUUAUAAUAUUUUAUAUCCACGUAUAACCUUUCGAUUUUUCCUACCUACCUAUUGUAUUAUAAUAUAGGAUUCCGAUCGUGCAGAACAGCGGAUUCGUGUACAUGACCUGUCUGCAGUCCAUGUUCAGCCUACCCGGUUGGCAGUGUCCCAGCGACGUGGAUCUGUUCUCAAUGGGCACAGACGCCAGAACCCUAGAAUGGCAACACCGGGUCCGGUCAGUCCAAGGCGCCAUAAUCGUUAUCGGCCUUGUUCAGAUGUUUUUGGGUUACAGUGGUAAGUAUAAAAUAACUAUUAAGUAUAAUCUAAUAUAAUAUAGGUUAGAGGUUACUUAUAGUAAUAGUAAUAACUAAAACGGUUAUUAACAAACAUUUCUUCACUUCAUAAAAUAAAAUAUAAAAAAUGCAUAUUUUUAAUCUGAAGACGGUACUCUGUUAGAAACAUUUUUCGAAAUUUCCAAUAUCUUUUCUAUAAAAAAAAAAUAUUGUUGUUUUCGUUUUUAAAAAACACCUUUUGUUCAGGCAAAUGUUCCAAUCUAUUCACGCAGUAGCCACCUCAAAAAUGCGGAAUUUUUGUCUGACGGUCUUUUAUUUGAAAUAUUUAUCAAAAUUUGCAGCAGUUCAUCUGUAGAUCGUUUUUGUUUUGUUCUUUGAUAUUUGCUGAUUUCUAAGUCAACUGUAAUUUUAUUUGAUUUAACGUUGCAUGUAGUAUAUAUAAAUUAAAUUAUCAUAUAUAUAUAAUAAUUUUGGUCUUUCCGUGAGCAGUAUUAAUAUUUUUUUUUACUUUGUACUCCCUUCCGUCAGACUGGUAGGGUCAGUAAGCUAUUACUCCGAGGGAGGGGUGCAAAUGCGAUCGUACGUUUUCUAUGCAUAAUUAUUUAUAUAUUAUACAUAACUAUAAUAGGAAUAUUAUAAUUUUCGUGUCAUAUUGCUUAUAAUUUUUUUAUUUUUAUUUUUAUUGUUGUCAUUUAUUAAAUUUUAGCCUCGACAAUACUAUGAUGUGUAAUACAAUAUCGAUACGGUGUACAAUUUUAAAUUGAAAAAAAAAUUAUUCUAAAUAAUAAUAAUGAGGUUAUAUAAUGAUAUAUAUAUACAGCUAUACGUGUUACAAGUAAUAACAAUGGAAAAUUGUUUAAAAUUUCGUAAACAAAAGUCUUUUCCUCCCAAUGCUAUUAUAUUUGAAUGUGUAAUUUGUCGCCACAUUUUUGCGUAUAUAAGUACUAAUUUCUUAUAAUAUGUUAACGUUUUGUAAUAUCAACAACACCGUAGUCGUAAUUUUUGUAUUUUUGUAAUUUAUUUCAUAUAAAAAACCAGUAGGGCAACCAGGAUUUAUUUUAGGAUUUAUUGGGGAGGGGGUGGGAUAGGUAAAUAUUCAAAAAGUUUCUUAUGUUCACAAGUAGACUACUGUUUCUGACGGGUAGUUGGAAAUCUAUAGGAUACAUAGGGUAAUUUCGUUUACAUACUGUACGCAAAAAUAAAUAAUUGGAAAUUAAAAACGAUUCUCAGUAGAUAGUAUAUUAAUGUAGUAUAAUAGUCUUGUUUUUUCUCUUGUUACAUAGGUAACCCAGAAGUCAACAAAAUUAAAUAAUAAAAAAAGGCAUAGAGAGAUGAACUUUUGAAAAUAUCAAUAAAUGUUUCAAAAUACUCAUUGAAAAAAUUGGAGCAUAAUAUGAAUAACCAAAAAAAAUGGAAAAAAAUUAACCAUAAAUCGUAAAUUUCGAAACAAUUUUAGUUAAAAUAUCAAGUACCAUCAAGUGAAAAAUCAGAGCAUUUUUAGUAACUGUAAACGAGUUUUAUGAAAAGAAACUAUCAAAAACCUAGAUUCUUCGUUACCUAUGUACUUAGAAUUGACCUAAUUUGAAAUAUUGAUUUCGUCACAUUUUAUUUCUUUAGGUGAAAGCCAAUGGAAAAUGAUUAUGGAUGAUAAAAAUAAUAUAAAAAAAAUAUGUAUAAAUACCUAACAUACUUCGCACUACAGAAGUUUCGUACGGUAAGGUGUGUGUCGUGUUUUUUUUGCGCAUGGCCAAGAUGACCUUGAAAAUUAACAAAAUAAAAUAAAUUUGCCUAUCGUCAUUUGUUGUUAAUCAUUUUAAUUUGUUUAAAUAAUACGAUGGGAAUCUAAACAAAUGAAAAAAAAUAGUUUUUAAGAAAUGCCGAUAUUUGAUCUAAGCCAUAUAAAUUAUUACGUAGCAUUUUAAAAAAUCUUAAAUUUCGGGGAGUUAAGUCAAAUUAAAAGUUUUUACGGUAAGUUAGAUUAUAGCGGAAUGUCUAGUACGGGCCUUUAGAAUAACAUGUAAGUUGUAGCUUAAGGAGAUAAAUCAAUCUUGCUUCGUGUAUAGUAAAUUUGGCGAAUAGUUUUAAUUCGCCUUUUGCCACCUUCCUCGAGCGAACUGAGAUUUAAAACAUCGGCAAUGACUGGUUCAUAACAUUGCUAGGGGCAUUGAAGAGACUUCUGGGUUCCAAACUGUUGAGCUAUAAUCCAGAAUAGAUCGUACUCCAAGAGUGGAAAAAAAAGAGUAACUCAUCAUGGUGUAGAAGUUUAACAUGCCGUCGUUGUAUAAAUCCAGGAAGCCGUAAGGCCUUAUAAGUAAUACAUUAGAUAUGUGAUGUAAAGGAUAGAAGUAGGUUGUAUAAACUCUAUAAAUCCUUGAAAUAUUAUUAACAAUUUAAAAAUCCCAAUAAUUUUUCAUUUGCCGUAUAUUUUGUACAAAUAUUUAUUUUUGUCUUUACAUUGUUUUCUUAAAUGUAGUAGAACUAACGCCGACAUUCCAUAUAGUAUACCUAGUGCGUAUCUACCUACUAUAAAAUAUGCAGACAGGUUGAUAUAAUGAAUUAAUCGUAUAGGUACUUAUACUUCGAUAUUGACCACGGUAUUUAAGACGGGAACAUUACCAUUAUAUACGUUUUAUACGGAGAAAAAAAAAUAUUCAGUGCCUGCAGGUUACUCGAUUAGUAAAAAAUUGUAUUUUAAUUGUUUGUAGUUUUUAUUAGGUAAUAAACAGUAGGCCGAUUAACAAAAUACUAUUACAUUGGCUUUAGUCGUUUAAUCGCUAAAGAAUAUACAGAGUGUAAUUUUUUGGGAAAAAUCCGUCCCCGGUUAUGAUAUUGUUAUCAUAAUAAAAUCAAUGCAUUCCUCGCUACUCGUGUAAUUUAAUAUAAUUGUAUAGGUAUCUACGUACACGUGUCAAAAGCCGGAUUAAGGUACUAGUGGACCACGGGGUUAGACUUGGAAACUGACCAAUUCUCUUUAUGUACUUGAUUGUACAUUUUUGUAUUACAAAAAUUUGAAAUGAGCAUAUUUUUUCAUAGGUAGGUACAUAAAUGAUGACACUGAAAUGGGCCAUUUACAUUAUUGGACACGGAGAACUUCCCCCUGACCUUCCCUAAAUCCGGGGUUUUUUGAUCAAAUGUUAUAAUUUAUUUUAUUCAAUCGAAAUUUACCCGAGAUUUUUAGCAACAAUACAAAAUUGUUUUAAUGAUAUUUACAUUACAUAAACUAUUAUAAUAUUAUAUUAUAUAUACGUGUAUCCAAUAUUCUUUUAAAAAUUGAAUAAUAUAAUCUAUAACUAUUACACUUUGAACAUAAUAUUAUACUGUUAUUAUAACGAUGAAUCAAAGUCAAUACACAGUUUGUAUACUUGGGCUUAUACAUUAUAAUAAUAAUAUUGUAAUACUGCUCUCUGCUUUCUUUGUCUGCGUAUUAUUAUUUGUUGACCGAAUACGAUUGAAUAGGUUUUUUCGUCUAAAUUCAAUAAUUUGUUUUAUAUUGUCCUAUUACAAUAUUUAUUUUUUAUUAUUUAAUUACAUUUUUUAAUUAUUAAUAUAGUAUAUAGAGCGAUCGAUUCGUUAUAAAACACGACUACACGAGGCAUAUCUAUUAUUUUAUAAUUUGUUAUGUACUCAUACUUAUCUUUAUAGUUAAUUUAUUUUUUUAUUCUAAAUAAUGUAUCGUUGACAAUAAACGUAACGAUUUUAGUUAGUUUUUGAUAAGGCAAUAAUAAUAACCUUUGUACUUUACUGCUGUCGACUGACUAAUAUGAUUAGAAUAAAAAUGUUGUAUUCAGAACGAAAAGCUAGGCAAAAUUGAAGGGUUUGGAAAACAGAUUUAGGUUGGCUAACAAGUUUAAUAGGUACUGACGGAGACGAUUUUAUAUAUUUCGAUUGUUAUCUGUGUUAGAAGAAAAUAUAUAAAUCGAAAAACACUAUAGUUUUGUUCAUCGAUAUCACAGCUGGAAAAAUCGGUAUUAAAAAGACAUAUUAAGCUGUUAAUCAAUCAAAAUACGUUUUCAAAACUAAAAUCAGUCAAAUUAAAUCUUUAAAUUUGUUUGUCUGGUUUUUCGCUCUGAAGUCUAACACGUCUAAACGUCAUAUUCGUUCGUAAAAAUGGCUGUACUUUUGCUUCUCUUAAAUGGUUAUCGCGGGCAUUAGAUUAGUAGAUCAGUCUUAUCAUUAAGGUGAUAAUCCUUGAUUAACGAGAAUAUUGUUGGUAAUAUAGUUUUUGUUAAAAUCGAUUUUGUUUUUUUAUUUUGUGUUGUAAUUUUUUGUUAAAAUAAUCAGAGACCUGAGAGUUUUAGUGAUUAAUUAAUUAUUUUCGAUACAUUCUAGAAUUUGUUUAGUUAUUUACAGUUGUUUCAAAUUAUUAAAAACUUGUUCGGUUUUACGCGGAUAAAAACAUGUUGAUUCAUAUAAAUGCUAAAAUAUUUGAUUCGAGACCCAUUGUCAGGUAUAUUUAGCGGUAAAACAAAAUGUUGAGCGUAAUGUCGGAAUUCAUUUUUUAUGUGUUUCAAGUUCAGAUUUAUGAUUAAGUUCAUAAACAAUGCGAACAAUUGUAAUUUAUUUUGUAGUUACAAGUUAAUAAAAUUGUCGGGAGUUAACCGUACCCUCUGGGACAGUGCGGGCUGGACCUUACUCUGUUCGCCUCUGAUCUAGAAAAACGUGUAACUAAUAAUAAGAAAAAAACAAACAAACAAUACCAGUAAGGUAUGCCAUGCAGGCUUUGCGUGUUAUAAUAUUAUAAAUAAUAAUAGUAUCGUGUUCUCCGUUUUCAGGAGUCAUCGGUAAGGCGAUCAAAUACAUCACACCGCUGACCGUGGUGCCGACCAUGUGCCUGAUUGGCCUGUUGGUCAUCCAGAAAGGAGUGAUCCUCAUGUCGGGCAAUUGGACGGCGGCUAUCUUGUAAGUGGUAUUGUACAAUUAAUAAUAUUGUGUUAUUACUUAUUAUUAUUAUUAUCAGCUCGGUUUUAUUUUGAGUUUUCAAUAUGCAGAAAAAACAAUAAUAUUAUUAGAUAUAAUUAUUUUCCAAAUCUACAGGGCGGUUACUUUUGUUGAAAAGUUAAAGGUCAAGUUAUAAAUAAUGAUUGAAUUAGAUGAGGGAGACGCGGGGUGUGGAGUGCCUCUCUCUUCUAAAAAUAUUUCAAAGUAUCCCUUUUAAUUAAUCAUAAUGACAUCUGCGGCGUUUACUAAAAACGUAGGAUUAAAAAUUCACCGAUUCCAAAUACUUAAAUUUACCGACUUGAAAAAAUGUUUUUGCUCAUUAAUUUGUCCUUUGAUAAAUAAUACAUAUUUAUGAGUAUGAUAUGAUUUAAUAGUUUUGGGAUAACUGUGUAAUAAAAUACAAAAACAAAAAAAAAAAAAACGUAGAAAUUAUUAGUUUUAAAUUACGCAUCAUUGAAUUGCCUCUUCAAUAGUCUAAAUCUUUAAGUUAUCGGAAAUAUCAAUCCCUCCUUCUUAACCCCUAACACCGGCCUUGAAUGGACAUUAUGAGCAUAUAUACAAUAUACAUAAAUGGGCAUAAAGUGAAUUCAAUUUGAAUUUAAGCACGUUUCUUUUACACUGUUACAUCCCCCUUUUUAUAAUUUCCUGAAAUUCAAACACUGUUAAUAGAAUACUUUAUGUAAACCACGAUUAGGUUAAGUUUUAUGGUAUACGAUCAGUAUUUCGAAAUAUUUUGUCAACGAUUAUUUUCCAAUUUUUUUUUUUAAUAUAAUAAUAUUAUUUACAAUACAUUUUUAUUGGUAUUUUUUUUUAAUAGUUAUUAGGUAUACUUCUAAUGAGUAUAGCAUAUUAACAGCACGGCCUAGUACAAGUUUUUUUAAAUGAAUGUAUCAUAUAAUAAUAUGUGUAUGAAAACAAUAUGAAAAAUGACAAUUUUAAAGAACUAUAAAAUUAAUGGGCUUUAUUUUUUUAUCUCAUGUAAUAUAUAUUUAAUAUAAUUAGAUUCGUAUAACAUAAUGUUAUAAUCUUUACGUUAUCGGACAUCGAAAAAUAUAUAUAUAUAUAUAUAUUUACACAAAACCGAUAUGAUACUAUUCCACUAUUAAAGAAUAGCUAUACUUAUACAGAGCGGUUUUUUUUAUCAUGAUUCUGCAACAAUUAACGAUGAUUGCGAGACAAAUUGAUUUUGGUCCCAGGACCAUAUUUUUUUUUUUUAUAAUAUUGUAUUAUGUAAUUUGUUUUCCUUUAUUUUUGGUUUAAACAUGUCCGUAGCCAGACCAAAUCAUCAGGUGGAAUAAGUGUAUGUACAUUAUAUUCUAUGGGUUAGAAUAUUUAACACGAGUUAUUCAGGAAAAUUAAAACAUGAUUUACUACGAUGUACUUUUUGUCUGGCAAAAAGGCAUAAGUCAUACAAUUAUAUGACUUGAGCCAUUUGGAAUGCCAUAUUUAUAAGUCAAGCCAUUUAGAAAUAUUAUUAUAUUAUUUUAUUUAGCAAUCCUCCUCCCAACAUCUUUUUAAACCAAAUUCGAAAAGUAAAUAUGUUUAAAAAAACAUUUCGAUACACAUUAUAAUAAUCGUAUGAGUACCGUUUUACUAACUUGGUUGGUAUACCAGUUCAAAUUUUUACGCUUUAUAGAUUAAGUAUCUUUUUAAAAAUGGAUAUCAAAUGUCAUACUUAUUGUACUACUUUACUCAUAGUAUUUAAAUACAAUUUAAACAAUAUUAUUCGAUAUUGGUUAAGAAAAUAAUCAAAGAAAAAUUUACUUGAAAUUCUCCAGGAUAAAUCGCUGGAUCGCCAAUUAAAAAUAUUAUCAUGUGUAUUAUAACUUUUUAUGAAUUAAAACACUAUUUCUAAAAUAGAAAUACCAGUGCACAUUAAAUACUAUUGUCAAUAAAUUGAAAUCGGCGAUAUUAACGAUACAUUAAAAUAGCUGUGGAAUCUUUAAACAAUAUUCUAAUGAUUAUUAUGAUAUUCUCAUCCCUGUACUUGAAUAAAUACUUUGAUGAUAUUCCUAAAAACUAUUCGUUUAUAGUAUUUUUUAAAUGUAUUUAAUACAUUUAAACUGUUUAAUAAUAAUAACAAUUUAUACCAAUGUUAUAUUGAGUUUUUUUUUUCGAUUCUUAUAUAGCACGCUAUGUUUAUUGACGAUAUUUUCUCAAUACUUGCGUAAAGUGGCGAUUUCCUUUCCGAUUUAUUCGUCCGUCAAAGGAUUCAUCCUUGUACGAUUCAAAAUAUUCGCACUGUUUUCGGUAAGAUUGCAGCUUCUGUUACCAUAAAACACUGUGUGUGUGUGUGUUAUUUUAUUUAUUUGGAUAUUAAUUUUUCUUUUUUAGAUAUUGUUCAGUGUAGGUUUUAUGUGGAUUGCGUGUGUGUACAUGACCUUCAAAAACCAUUUAUUACCCACGGACCCGGCAAAUACGGAUUCAAAAUAUGGAAUAUUCUACAACGCUCAUGUUUUUCGAUUACCCUACCCUUGUAAUAUUAGCUUAAAAUAUUUAAUAAAACUACUAACGCUUAUAAUAAUAUAACAACCGAAAUUUAUUGAUUUCGAGUAUUAAAUUGUUCACUUUUCUAUAAUAUUGAAUUUUUUUUUUAUUGAUAGACAUUAGACACUAAAGUGCUGUACUGGACACUAGUGGCCUACCCAGAUGUGUACAGCUAAAUAUUUUUCCUGUCAAAAUAUCUCUGAUCAAAAAAAAUAUAUCUCCGAUGAGCCUACGCAAGUCGAAAACUAUAUACACUUUUAUCGUGGUAUCUCAUAAUAUUCCGCAAUAGUUAAAAAUAAUAACAUUAUAUUUUAUAACAUUUAUCGUGGACGACAGGUAAAUUAACGAUAGAAAAACGAGUAUUUUAUAUCGAUAACAUUGUAUUUGGAACGCGGGAAGUGACUAUUACAUAUUAUACAAUAAUCAUAUCAGUUAAUACAAUAAAUUUAUAAUCAUUUUUUUUUUUUUUGUAAAUUUGUAUACACAAAUUAUUUAAUGUGUCACUAAAAAUAGGUAACUAUAAUGAAUCAAAUGUUUAUAAUAGUAGAUUAGUAGAAUUGAAAUAUUUAUUUAUUUUUACCGGAGAUAUUUUGUCAGACCACCACGUCGUCGGUGUUCAAUCUCUUCACGUAUUUUUUUUUUGUAAACACUAACAUUUUCGAUUAAAUAUUAUGCUAUAUUAUAUACUGUAUAGUGUAUACAGUUCAAUAUAAUAUUAUAAUCCUCUAAAGACAGAGCCUUGUCGUGAUAACCAUAACUCUUUGUCGUUUUCCACAUUCCUCAGCUGUGAAUUUUAAGGGACAUUCAUAAGAUACUUCAGAUAUUUUCAAGUUAAAAGUAUGAAGUUCUUGGGCGUCUUCCAGCCGCCCUCCCCAAGAACUUUCAUUCGAAAAUGUUUGUUUUGGAAAUGUUAUAUCUAAUUAAAAAUCAAGUGUCCUAUUAGUUUCGUUUUUCUCUUCAAUAUUUGUUUCAUUAAAUUCCUUUUUUCUUUAUAUUGUAUAACUAUAUAAUACAUAUUAUAACUGGAAUUCUAACAACCCUUGUACAUUUGGUUUAUGGUUUUAUUUAUUUAUUAUUAUUAUUAUUUUUUACAGUUCAAUGGGGACCGCCGAUAUUUCAAAUGAACAUAAUAUUGGCUAUGUUACCGGCACUGCUUACGAGCAUUGUCGAGUCCGUCGGAAAUUACUAUACGUGUUCCAAAUUUGCCCGUAAGUACGGAUGCUAAUUAUUAGCUGUACCUAUUAAUUUGUAUUAUAAUAUUAGUAUCAAUCGAAAAACAAUAUCCGUCUGAUUCGAUUUUAAGAUUUAACACCUCCACCGGUAAGCGCAGUGAAUCGGGGCAUCGGUGUACAGGGUAUCAAUUUGAUAUUAGCCGGUUUCCUGGGCACGGGUUCCGGUAUUAGCGCGUCCGGCGAAAACGUGGGCAACAUCGGAAUCACGCGGGCAAGUAAUUUUUUUAGAUUCUAAGUGGAGCGAGUAAUGUUUAUUUUUUAUUAUUAAAAUUGUAGUAGUAAUCCGGACAGUAGUGAUCCAAAACAUUAGGUGUUUGGAUUUCAAACAAUACUAUGUACUUAAAUGAUAUAUAUGCCAUUAUAGUUGUACAAUAAUACGCGUUCAGCCGGAAUAAUUCGUAAGGAGCAAAAGAGCAUACAAAACGCAAUAUUGUUGUUUACAAUAAUAUUAUACUGACCACUGGGCGAUAAAAAAUCUGACAUCAGAUAUGAAUUCGUCAUCUUAUCGUUCUUUUUUCUUUUUUAAUCUGAGCGUAUUAAGGAGAAAGUAUUUGCUAUGACGUGUACUUAAUUCUAGAUUUUAGUAUGAUGUCUGCUUAUUUGUUUACUUUUAUUUUUUUUAGUUUGUAAACAAAUUUUUUACCAGGAGUCUUACUAUAAUCGUCAUUUUUAAGAGUGUUUCCUAGUGUUUCUUAACCUGAAGGGUGCAACUCUUUUGGGAAUUAAUUAUUUAGGGGCGCUAAAAAUAUAAAAAAAUAUGAGAUCGCCGUGUAUUAAAUAUAUAUUUAGGUUGCUGAAAAAUUGAGUAUUCAUUUAAGCUGCAGUGGUUCUCAACCAGGAUGACAUGUAACUUUGGAGUAGCAUAGACCCAGUGCAGAAGAGACAUGAUAUCCUCGGGGGAAAAAAAAAUUAGAAAAUUAUUUAUUUUUUCGAAUAAAAUUGUAUUAUUAUUGUCACUGUCGUGUAAUCGCCACAAUUGUCGGGACAACAUAAUAUUCUUUCCUCACCCACCACUCACUCUUCAAUAAUACCAUUGCUGCUACUAAAAUUGUAUACUAAUGUACAUGGGCAUACUACAACGUUCUUAUCUUUGAACUAUUUCUAUUUAUUCAAAUGUGUUUAUUACAAUAGUAAACAUGUUUGAUGGUAGUUAAGUAAUUUUUUAUCAAGUUAAAAUUUUUAUGGAAAUUCUUAAAAAUCGCGAUAAUUCAAAAUAAAUGUUCAACCGAACUUCGCUAAGAAUCGUUUUUCGUUAGUAAUGAUUAAUCGUCGCGUACAUAUUAUUUACAUUAAAUUACUGAAUAGUCGAUGUAUCCUGAUUUCCUAACUUCCCAUCUACUACAGUGGCACGCUGGUCAGAAGUAUUAGGUCUUCUUUUUCUUAUUGGAGCAGUAUUUACUCGUGUAUAGUUAUUAUAAAGAAAAUGUGUCAAUUUUUUAGAAUGCAAUGGACGGUCUACUUUUUCACAUAGUAUCUGAAGAUGUCUACUGAUGGUAUUGAACGCUAAAUAUCGAACGAAGCUCGUUAAAAAACAAAAUUAUUUUAUUUCGCAUUUUUACCUAUAAUAAUAUAUGUUUCGUUCUCACAAUUUGUAUUUAUUUUUUUAUCGAAGUUAUUUUACGUUUAUUUCUUCGAAAUUUAGUCAUUGUAUACAAACUUGGAUAUAAUGUAGUGUCAUUAUCGUUACUAAAACAAUAUUAUACUGCAAACAGUUAUAGAAAUACAUAGGAAAUAUUAUAAUUUUUAUUGAUUUCAAUAAAUUAUUAUGCACAAAUUUGUUUUGGCUGAGCAUUUAUAUAAUUUUUUUUUGAUCUAAUAUCUUUUAAUACAUUUUAUUUAUUAUUUUUGUAUUCAAAUAUUUUAUUGUUUCAUACGUUUAUGUUAUAGAGUUGAAUAUUUAAACUAAAUUCCCCCUCCUCCGGUUUAUGGAUAUUUUAAUAUUCAUAAUUAUUAUUCUAAUGGAAAGCUAUUAACUAUAAUAUAUUGAUACAGUACUUUACGAAUUUAUUGAUUAGUCAUAAAAUCGUACAGUACGAUUUAUAUUAUGUAUAUUAUGUUACGUAUAUAUAUAUAUAUACGUAUAUAUGUAUAUAUACGUGUAUAUUAUGUCUCGUAUAUUAUGUUACAGAAUUGAUAUUGUAUUAUUUAUUUAACUGUACAAACAAGUUUUUUCAAUUUAAUAGAAAUAUUCAUACAUUGUCAUAAUAAUAUAAUUUGUAUGUUUUUUAUUCACAGAGAUCGUAUGUUGAAUUAGGACGAAAAAGAAAAUUAUAAAAUACAAUAUAAUGUAACAGACAUUCCUUUAAAAAUACAAGUUAUAAUUAUUACAGUUAUAACUUAUAAAUUUUGACUAUUUCAAAACUACAUGAAUUAUAUAAGAUAACGGAUAGUGUAUUGAUUUGGAGAAGAUAAUUGCUAAAACUAAAAAAAAAAUUCAUCUAGUUAAAUCUAAGAAAAGUGAAGUAAAUGUGAUAAGACAAAUCGAUAAAUUAUAUUUUAAAAAAAUAUUUCACGACGAUGUCAACUACUAUAACGUAGGUGUAUUUUGUUUGCCUGCUCGUUAGGAACUUUUGUUUUCUAAUAAGACAAUAAUAAUAAUAAUACAUACAACAAAAAUAAGUAAUACUUAUAACAAAUCCAGUUUUAUUUCGCAGUGAUUUCCGUCCUCUGGUUUGUUUUCGGGGUAUAUACAUGAGUGAGAGAUUGAGGGAUUUGAUCUCUUUUUAUUUGUACAUAAUGCGUACACAAUUUUGAAUAUUAUGAAGAUUACGCAAUUUCUUCACGAGGAAAUGGUUUGACACCAAUUGUACCACCGACUGGUUUUAUCAUAUAUAAUGUUAAGGGAUUUUUUUUCUUAUUUAUAAUAUUACAUUUUUUUUCUUUAUUGAGUAAUAUUUUCAAACAACUAUAAUAACAAUUAUGAGUAUACCUAGUAACGGUAUUAUAUUAUUAUUAUAUCGUGUUUCAGGUGUGCAGCAGAAAUGUGAUCAUGUGCACCGGCUGUUUGAUGAUUCUCGUCUCACCGUUCACCAAAAUAAUCGCACUGUUUCUCACUUUGCCGGACCCGUUACUCGGUGCUGUGACUUCUGUGCUGCUCGUAUUAAUCACGGCCGUAGGCAAGUUGAUUCAAUUAAUAACAAUAAUAACAAUAAAUCGUAGCGAAAUGAUAUUUCUGUAUUAAAUUACUAUAUACGUGUCCAAAACACGGUCAGAAUAUCAAUAUAUAUAUCAAUGCGUUAAAUUACGAAGAAAAACAAAAUAGUUAUCCAAACACCUCGCCAUUUAUCACUUUCUCUCCCAAUUAUUGGUCAUACUCACGAAAUCGUGCUAUUAAUACAAUUAUAAUUGGCGCGUGUAAAAACGACUCGUUAUUUUAAAACCGAUGACAUUUCCGUUAAAAAUAUAAUCGUAUAUUUUAUUUUCAUCAAUAUGUUUGUUUCUUUCAGCGCUGUCCAAUCUACAGUUCAUAAAUCUCAAUUCCAUACGGAACAUGUAUAUACUCGGCAUGUCCAUAUUUUUCGGAUUGGUAAAUAUUACGAAUUAAAAAUAUAUCAUAUAUUCGUGCGCAGAUAAUCCAUUGAGUUUUAUUCCCUUCACCAUUCGCAGGUGGUACCUAUGUACGUUUCAUCGCUAGACGAGAAUUUCAUCAAAACGAAAUACGAAAUCGUUAAUGAAGUCCUUUACGUCUACUUGUGUUCGGGAAUGUUUAUUGGUGGAUCCAUUGGUUUUAUCUUGGACAAUACGAUACCAGGUUCGUGCAGAACUUACAUAAGAUAAUAAUAACAAUAAUAAUACCUAAUUGAAAUAUUUCACUUAACAUGAAUUAUUUCGUGAAAUAUUUCGAAACGUUAUAUGUAUAUUUAUCACUUGAAAUUUUCAAACACUAUAAUAUAGAGCUAGCUGAGAUUUCAAUGCAAUUAUUUGCGUUAUUUCCCUCCAAGAGUUUGCUGAGCAAUGCUCAUUGUGAUUUAAAAUAUUCGUUUCGUGUAUUUUCGAACAGGAAUAAGUAAUGUUAUUCGACAUUUGUUGAUCAUGUUAGGUUUUUUCAUCGUUUAGUGUGUUUAUAAGUGUACUCUUUUGAAUUUUUGGGGCAUAAAAGCAUUUUCUCUAGGACAUUUUUGGGAUAUUAUGGGUCAUUACAUUCCUAGCCCUAAGUUUAAUGUUUAAUAAUAAAAAACCACGCAGAUCAUUUAGAAUUUACAUAUUCGUUGGGGCGUCCGGGAAUUGUGCCACAAUGAACCUUUUUUUGAAAAAGGUACAUGGUAAUUGUCCACUCAAAUUUUAAAUUUAUAACAGAUAGACCCGGUGAUUGGGUCACUAUUUUAAACGAUUUUUUAUUAUUGAAUCCGGUAAGUGGGCCACUAUAUUUUAAUACAUUUUAGUUUUGACAAAAGGUGAACCUCUAUUUAACAUCACUAUUUUAAACCAUGUUAUUAUUUUUUUCACGAUUUAAAUUUUUUAUGUUCGUUGUAAUCUAUUUAUGUUGAUUGUUGACGCACUUUUGAAUACUGUGCAUAGCAAUUUGUAUCACAUUAUUUAAAAAAAAAUUAAUAAUUAUUUGACUAAUUUUAUAUUGUAUUUUAUAUUAUGUAUUUUAAUAUAUUUAAAAUUAUGUAUUUUUGUGUUAUACAUUUGUGGCCCGGGUACCCUUUAAAAAUAUACCUUUUACUUGUGGUCCAAUACUCGGGUAAUAAAAUGUACACAAAUAUUGUUCACGAAGCAGGCAGAUAAAAUGUGGCCCAAUUCCCGACUGUCAUUUCGUUGACCUAAUAUUUUGAACUAAUACACCAUUUGUUUAAACUGGGUACAUAACAUAAUUUGUUUACACACUAUAACUUCCACGUGGGAGAAGAUUUGGUCCCCCUUUUCGGUUAUUUGUGAUCUAUUAAUUAAUAUUAAUAAUAUAACUUAACCGUGUUAAGGUAAUACAAUUUUUUUUUUUUUUUGAAAAUCAUUAUAGGUAUUAUGUUAUUUUACAUAUGAUUAUUAAUCAUAAUCAUAAUCCUAUUCCGUAGGAUUUCAUACGGAAAUAUCACGGACGUUUGACAUUUUUGUUAAUUUAAUACAGGCUUGAAAUCGUUUCCGGAGAAAUAGGUUAUCCGACAAAUUUUGGCAACCGUUAACCGGUUUUCAGGGUGUUUAAAAUAGCGAUAAUCGAUUACCGGUUACCAAAAUAACAUUUAAAAACCGGGUUAUCGGAAAGGGAAUUCAAAUCUUCAAGAUUAUUUACCAGUCACUUCGGAACCGGUUUUUCAGUUUAAUAUAUUUCAAACUCAAUAGAGGCGAUUAGUGUGACGUUAUUAUGUAAUAAUUAUCAUUAUAAAGUAAGAUUGGUUCCAAACAAAUAAAAAUUUAUAUGUACAUUAUAUGUAAAGUAACUUAAAAAUCAUCAUAUUCUACAUUUAAGGCUUUAAUAAGUACCUACUUAAAUAUUUUGAUUUUAUUGCUGAAUCCAAAUUUGAGUAAUUAUUUUUUAAAAAUAGUGAAAUAUUAGUUUGUAAGCAUCAAAUCAUAUUUUAAUACAAUAUAAACGUUAAAAAGAUAUUAUAAGUGUUUUUAAUGGGACUUGUUUGGAACCAAAUUAUUCAAUUAUUACUAACAGACUGACAAGAAAAGCGUAAUGUAUAGGCACUAAUCGCACCCAUACAGUGCAAUAGUCAAUAGACCAUUUUAAUACUAAAACGUAGCCCAUUAAUAUAACGUUAAUUGAUUUUGAGAUUAACCGGUUCCGAAAAAAAAAGGUUUUAAGUUUUCACUAAGUUUCACUAACAAAUAAUCAGAUGAUAAAAUAAUAAUAGAUAAUUGUUUUUAAUAACAGGUAACACAUGUUAAAUACUUAUUUUUGAAACAAAAAAAUGAAAUUUAAUAAUAUAAUAUAGUUUGAAUUAUACUUAAAAAAAUAAUAAUAGUGAAAAUAGUAAAAAUAAUUUAAAAAUUAAAUACUCGUACAUAACAUUUUAUGAUUAAAAAAUGUUAUGUAAUGUUUUAUAUUAUUAAUAUUUACACCACACAAAUAAUUUAAAAGUUCAUCUUUUGAAAAUGUAUAAUAUUAAAACUACCAAGUUUUUUAAUCUCCUAUUAAAAAUUUUAAGAUUUUAACUUAAAAUACUUUCGAAUAUUAUUAUUAUUUUAUGAUUAUAGUUCAUAAAUAAGAAAUUAAAAACGGAUAUAUUAACUAAAAUACUUCAUAAACAUAAUUUUUUUUUUAAAUGAUAAUUUGUUUAAUCAGGAAAAUCCUAAUAAUUUAUUGUCUUAUCCUAAUCAAUAAAAAAUUAGUCGGUGUCCAAUCGUCCGUGUAAAAAAUUAUGUCAGGGGUCGAUUGUUCGCAUACAGCGUUUUUUUUUCGGAGGGACCGAUAAUUAUCCCUUCAACAUACGUUUACUAAAUUUUGUGAUUAUCGGUAAUAAAUCAAUAACAGCUUCUCAAAAUUAAAACUUGAGAACCGGAGAGCAGUUACCAGUCCCAAAAGUGUUUACCGGUCUCAAAAAUCGAUUACCGGUUUCAAGCCCUGAUAUUUAAUAUUAUUAUUUUUGAAUUUGGUUGAUAUAUCAAUCAAGUACAAUAUUAUAUUCAUUUUUUUUUGUCUAUGUCCUUGACUGAAUCAAAUACUUGUAUUUUAUUAUUAUUUUAAACGAAUUAAUUCUUUGUGACAUUUUAACUUAAAAUAUCGUAUUAGCUGAAUUACCCGGUAUUUGAAAAUAGUGAUACAUCUUACAUACAAAUCUGUGUGUUUAACGUGUCUCACCUAUUCCACCCUUAACCCUAUCACAGUUAAUUUUUGUUGCCCGAUAAUUUAUUUUUAAAUAUGGUAGAUACUUUAUUAUUCGUAGUAAACAUACUCUAUGGUAAUAAACAAAUUAAAUAAUAAUAACUAAAAACCAAGGCUAUUCAUUUCAAAAUUACCAAAUAAAUAUCAUUACCAUAUUAUGUUAAUCUCCUCUAGGUUUAUUAAACAUGUAAUAAUAAUAUGUUAAAUAUAGAAUUUAAAUAACACAAUUGUGUUUUUUUUUUUUUUUUACAUAUAACUAGUCGAUUACGACGACUUCUACGAUAAAAAUGCGUAUUAUCAUAUGCACAACAAUGAUUUCAAAAGUUCCAUCGAAAUCGAAGACGAACAAAUUUACAAUAUUUCGGACAGACUGUACGAAAUGAUCAAUUGUAUUUUGUCUGUUUUUGUAUAAUAUGUAAUGUAGUUUAAUAAUGUACUUCUGUAUAAUAUGGGGGGUAAUGAUUUCAACAGUAUAAAAUAAUAUAUUAAAUACAAUUUAUUCGAUAUAGACUGAGCAAAAUGUAAUUAUUCUUUUAUUAUAAUUAUUAUAUACCUAUGUACUCGUAUAAUAUAAGACGUAAAUAUUAACAUUAUAUACUCAAUCAAAAAAAUAUGUCAUUUUUUAAUAUUUUUUUUUGUGUACCUAUAUUAAUUUUUUUAUUUUUAUUACUAUCACUACUACACUGUACUUAUUCGUAUAUUUAUUCGUAAUAUCUAUUGUUAUAUUGUACAUAGACUUUAUCGUUGCAAUUUAUAUGGUUUUGAAUGAAACUAUACUUAGACUUGUGUAUACUAUACUUAAAUCUCAGCCCUCAAGUACGCGAAUACUAUCUGCGACCACAUACAUACAUACAUACAUACAUACGUACUCGUAUUUUAAGUCAUUUGCGUGAAUAAAACUUAUUUUAAUAAAUUAUGUAUAUUGUAAUGAUAAUAAUUUUAAGUUAAUCUUAACAAUGAUUGCAUGUGUAAUGCAAAAUAUUUUAUUUAUUAGGCCUAUACGUUACUACGUAUAAGGUAUAUCUCGUUAAUUUAUUGCGGUUAUUUUCUCAGUUCGAUUUAUUAUUGUACUACUUAGAUACCUUUUUUGUAAGUACCUAUGUGCCAUGUUAUUAACUGUGAAUACUACUACUAAUAAUAAUAAAUAAAUAUAUAUAUCUAUAUAUAUACAUAUAUAUAUAUAUAUAUAUGAUACGUCAAUCUUGUUGACUCGCGUAUCUAACCUAAUGUAGUAUAAAUAAUGUUAUAUUAAUAUUAUACAGCUGCAAGUUGUCCGGACGAGUCUUUUUUGUGAAAACCGUUUUCAGAAACACCCGAUUUCACAAAACAUUAGCGUAUAUAAAUAUUAAAAUUUAUCAAUGACGCACGCAACACGUAUAACAAUAAUAAUAUGAUGGCGUGACGUAUGCAUACGUUUGUAUUAUUUUCCCCCUAUUAAGAUUAUUAAAAAAAAAGAAAAGAAAAAGAAGUAAACACACACCCGUGUGCAGGUAGAACACAGUCACUGUAAAGUCGAGAACUAUAAUAUAACACAAUACUUAACACUAUAUACUCAGGGUUGGCAUUAUCACAAAUACGUUAAUCCAAGAUAACACUGUAUUUUGUAUACAUUUUAGUUUAUGUUUUGUAUUUUGUAUCAAGAUAAGUUUUAUUGCGGUAUCAAGUAUAUUUUUUGUAUUAAAAGUAUAAGACGCUUAAACAUUUUUUGGUAUGAUUAAAAAAAAAUCCAAAAAGGUUGUUCAUGUGUACUUUUUUAUAUAAAUAACAUUUAAUACAUAUCUAAAUUUUAAAUAUAUGUUAUUUAUAUUAACUAAUAUUGAUUAAUAUUUAAUAGAAAACAUUUAGGUAC